AUGACGAUGGAGAGUACAAUUAAAAAGAUAACAGAGGAAUUAAAUAAUAUUUUCAAGAAAAUUAAAUCAAAAUAUUGGACAUUUGAUGAAGAGGAAAAUGAAGAAAAUCGGAAAAGAAGAAGGAAACAAUUUUUGUGGAUGUUGAUUGUUGGUGGUGGAGGUUUGAGUGCUAUUGUGUGGUAUUAUAUUAUUCGGGGAAGGAAGGUUACUACAAAUCCAAACAAAAAAUCGAAAAGUAAUUACAUUUCAGAUUUGGUUUCUAGACAAGUGGAAAAAACAAAGGAAACUGUAUGGAUGGAAAAUUUGGAACCCUAUUUGAAUGAUACUACUUCUUACUACCAAUAUUUAGUAAAAUCAAAACAGGCCAGCAAGGAUAGUAUUAGAUUCGAACCUCAGUGGAGAAUUAGUCCAAGCUAUACUAUAGAAACUAAACCAACUAAUACUAAAAAGAAAAAGUCUACUGCAUCCACAACUCAAUCAAAUGGAUUUGUACAAUAUAGAACUCAAUCAUUGACUGGAAGAGAAGCUGGUCUUCCAAGAAUUUUCUCAAAUGAGGAUGAUAACACUUUAACAAGAUUCAUUCCCCAACCAUCUAGCUCUAAUAAUUGGAUCUUUUAUUUGGAAAAGAUAAGAUAUAUUAUUUCACUAUUCUUCUACCGAUUACCAAGAGCUGUUGCAGAAUGGGAAUUAUGGCUAGGUGCUUGCUCAGCUGCAAUCUAUUUUGUAGCUAUGAAUCAACCAUUUGGUUUUAGACAAAGAAGUAAUCAGAAAGAUAGUACCUCUAAAUCAAAUUCCAUUUUUAUGGAUGGUGUCAUGCACAGAGUAGUGGAAUCUAGUGAAUCAAAUAAUAAUACCUCCAAUUCAAAAGUUGUAAAAUUGAUUGGAGAAGGUAAUAAUGUGGAGGUUUUAGAAAAGAGUUUUGAUGAGGUAAUCAAUGGCUCAAGCCUUGGUGAUAAAUAG